UUUAAACAGUCUGAUUUUGUGCACAAAGCUGAAAAGUUAAGUUAUUGCUGGAGGAAAUAUUAAAGCAAGUCGAGAUGAAUAACGCAAAUUUAUACAAAAAGUCAAACGUUCUUCAGCGUCGAGAUGCAAAAGAAAUAAUUGAAGAAUUCUCAAAUCUUUUUAAUUGGCAUUGGGAUGGAUCAGACUCAUUAUUGGAUAUAGGUUGUGGUGCUGGUGAUGUUCUUGUCGAGCUCUUAUUACCAAAAAUUCCAAUUAAUACAAAAGUUAUUGGCAUUGACAUAUCCAAAGAGAUGAUAAAAUACGCAAAUGAGAAUUAUGGUAAUGAGGAGUAUUUGAAAUUCCAUAAAGUGGACAUUGAAAGUGACUUUUUGGAAGGCGAUUGUAAAUUGACUCCCAUGAUACCAAACAGCUUCAAUUUCAUCACCUCCUUCUAUGCUCUUCAUUGGAUUCAGAAUCAAAGACAAGCCCUAUCAAAUAUCUACAAAUUAUUGAAACCGAAUGGAACAUGCUUGUUAAUAUUUCUCAUAUCAAAUCCUAUUUAUGAUGUCUAUACACAUCUAUCAAGAAUGAAGAAAUAUUCAAGAUAUAUGACUGACGUGGAAAAAUUCAUAAGUCCAUAUCACUAUGAGGAGAAACCAUUGGAUGUCUUUGAAUCGACAGUCACACAUGUCGGCUUCAAAAUAUCACAUAUUGAAAUCAGGGAUCAAAUAUUCAUUUAUGAUAAUGUCGAGAUCUUGAAAUAUUCCGUAAAAGCUGUCAAUCCUUUCACAUCAAGAAUGCCUGAUAGCCUGCAGAAUGAAUUCCUCAGUGACUACGUGAAGAAAGUUGAUGAUCUUAAUUUGAUAAGAUUUAAUGAAGAGACAUUAAAGAAGAAUGUAUACACGCCUUACAAACUCAUGGUUACUGUCUUGAGCAAGUGAAUAAUGUGACUUUAAUAAGUUUGUUUACAAAUGACGUCUAGGAUUCAGUAGAGCAGUGAACUAUAGAAACAAUAGGCCAUAGAGUCUCAAUUAAGUGCAGCUCUGAUUAAAUAUGAACAAAAAAAGUCAAAAGUCAGUUAAUCAGUUACGUACCUUUGAUUAAACCUUUGCUGCUGAUACUUAGGAUAUGCAAAGGGUCUGUAGAUGUGUUAUUCAGAGAUUGUAUAUGUUGACGAGAAAGAACAUGUCCAAGGAAUUUAAAAAAUUCAUCAUUAAUUAACGUCAUUUGUGAAUGACUCCAUAACAUUAACGGGUAGACUAAAAAUAUUAUUUGGAAAUUCUUUAAUGUAUUAAAAGUUGUUUACUCUAAAUUCUAGACAUAUAAAUAAAUUUCCCUGUCCUAGAAAAACAUGAACAUGUAAAAUAAAUCAGCAAUUUCAUCAGAAAAGCUCAACUUUUACUAUAUUUUUUUAUUGCGCAUUGAACAUUCACUCAUUAAAUUCUGUCUUACAGCUAUAAAUUAAUAAAAUAUUGACAAUCUCGAUUAAAAUCAAUCAACGAUACCCAAAGUGUAAAACCCGC